AUUUUUUGGUUUUGGUGACUUUAUUGAUUUCCUUUUUUCAUUUUUGUUGGUUUGUUCUCUCAUUUUUCUUUUUUCUGUUUACCAUGAAUUUAAUGGGCUCUUCUUUUUCUUGUUUCCUAAGAUGGAAUCCUAGGUUGUUGAUAUUAGAUCUGUCUUCUUUUCUGAUAUGUGCAUUCAGUGCUAUGAAUUUCCCCCUCAGCGUGGCUUUCUCUGCAUACAACAAAUUGUGGACUCAGUGGUCAUUGAGGAUGUGGCUGUGGUCUUUAGCCAGGAAGAGUGGACUUUGCUGAAUCUUACUCAGAGGAAACUCUACAGAGAUGUGAUGAUGGAAACCUUCAGAAACAUGGCCUCAGUAGUCUCUCGAAACCUUAAUGAUGGAGAAGAGUUAUCCAGUGAACAUAUAAUGGUGCAAUUCAUGAAGAGUAACACCUGGUCCUCCAUGUUAGGAGAAAUCUCUGAAUUGUAUGGCAAUAAAAAUCCGCAUAAAAACAAGGGGACACAUUUGAGCAUGUUGCGUAUUUUUAACAGAAGUCAUACAGUAGACAGUCUUUGUGAAAGUAAUGAAGACAGUCAAUGUGGGAAAACCUACAGCCGGAUUCCAAAUCUUACUGUGCUAAAAAGAACGCUUCCAGAAGUAAAUCCUUUGGAAUGCUGUGAGUGUGGAAAAGCCUUUGUGAAUCACUCAUCACAUAAGCAUCAUACCAAAUCUCACCUGGUAUGCAGUACCUAUCACUGUAAGAAAUGUGGAGAAUCUUGCAGUUGUUCCUCUCACUUAAUCACUUCUAUGAGAACUCUUACUGGGAAGAAACCCCAUAAAUGUAAGGUAUGUGGGGAGGACUUCAUUUGUAUCUCACCCCUUAAGAAUUCUGUGAUAACACUCACUGAUGAGAAACACUAUGAAUGUAACAAAUGUUGGGAAGAUGUCUGUAGUUUCUUUUGGACACAUGUGAGACGUCAUAAGCAUGAAUGUCAAGAAUGUUGUAAAACCUAUAGUCCUUCAUCCCUCAUUUUACAUAAAAAAUUUCGUAUCAGCGAUAAGCCUUAUGAAUGUAAGGAAUGUGGGAAAGCCUUUAAUCAUGCCUCAUCCCUCACUAGACAUAUAAUAACUCACAGUGGAGUGAGGCCUUAUGAACAUAUAAUAACUCACAGUGGAGUGAGGCCUUAUGAAUGUAAGGAAUGUGGGAAAGCCUUUAGUCAGUCCUCAUCCCUCACUACACAUAUACGAACUCACAGUGGAGAGAGGCCUUAUGAAUGUAAAGAAUGUGGGAAAGCCUUUAGUCGUUCCUCACACCUCACUACUCAUACAAGAACUCACAGUGGAGAGAGGCCUUAUGAAUGUAAAGAAUGUGGGAAAGCCUUUAGUCGUUCCUCACACCUCAUUUCACACAAAAGAACUCACAGUGGGGAGAGGCCUUAUGAAUGUAAGCAAUGUGGGAAAACCUUCAGUCAGUCUGCAUCCCUCGCUAUACAUAUGAGAACUCACAGUGGAGAGAGGGCUUAUGAAUGUAAGGAAUGUGGGAAAGCCUUUAGUCAUGCCUCAUCCCUCACUACACAUGUAAGAAUUCAUAGUGGAGUGAAGCCUUACGCAUGUAAGGAAUGUGGGAAAGCCUUUAGGUGUUCCUCACAUCUCACUUCACAUGUAAGAACUCACAGUGGAGAGAGGCCUUAUGAAUGUAAGGAAUGUGGGAAAUCCUUUAGUGAGUCGUCAGCGCUCACUACACAUAUAAGGACUCACGUGGAGAGAGGCCUUAUGAAUGUAAAGAAUGUGGGAAAGCCUUUAGUUAUUCCUCAGCCCUCACUACACAUAUAAGGACUCACAGUGGAGAGAGGCCUUAUGAAUGUAAGGAAUGUGGGAAAGUCUUUAGGCAAUCUGCAAACCUCACUACACAUACAAGAACUCACAGUGGAGAGGAGCCUUAUGAAUGUAAGGAAUG